GUAUAUUGAUCGGUAUUUCGUUGACAGCGACGCUGAGAUCUGAGUUGUCGUUGAGGAGUGGAAAGUCGGAUUAUGUUAUGGAAGACAAGGCAAUACGUUUUUAAACAAUAAUCGCUGUAAGAUUAUUAUUUCCGAAUUCGAGUGGUACACGUCGACGUUGGCAGAAGAAACACAAUCUUCGAGUUGUUAAAACACUAAAAAUGAAGAUGGCCGAACCAGUUAAAAAACUAUUAAAACGCAAUAAACCGGGCACAAAAGCCAAAUUGUUCCGGAAAUGGCCGGACGAGCCAUUCGAAGAAAUGGAAAGUACACUAGCCGUUCAAGAGUUCAUACAACAACAGAUCCGCAAAGAUCCGAGCAACAUAGAUCUGAUUUUGACUCCACCAGAUUCGCAAGAAGAAGGCGUCUGGAAAUACGAACACCUUCGGCAAUUUUGUAUGGAACUAAACGGAUUGGCGGUCGAGUUACAAAAUGAAUGUCUGCCGGACACAUGCAGCCAAAUGACAUCCACCGAACAAUGGAUUUUCUUAUGUGCGGCCCACAAAACACCAAAAGAAUGCCCGGCAAUCGAUUACACUCGACACACUCUCGACGGAGCAGCUUGUCUAUUAAAUAGUAACAAAUAUUUUCCCAGCAGGGUUAACAUAAAAGAAUCGUCGGUGGCAAAACUAGGAUCCGUAUGCCGCCGCGUGUACAGAAUAUUCUCGCACGCGUUCUACCACCAUCAAGACGUUUACAACAAAUUUGAGAGUGAGACGUAUUUGUGCCAGCGGUUCACCAAGUUUGUCAUCAAGUACAAUUUGAUGGCCAAAGAAAAUUUAAUCGUACCCAUGCCCGAAGCGGUUAUGCAAGGUGGUCGAACUGAAGAGGACGGAACGACGUCGAUCAAAGAGCCUUGAUUCUGCUCUCCUUCGUGCCACGAUAUUCGCUCUUGUCGUAAGUCUUACGCGAAAGUGGCCUGUUGACGUGAUCGGUUAUCUUGUCGGCUCCUUGAUACCUAAAUAAUUUUACAAUAACAAUAAAAUAUAAUAAGUUAAUAUUUGAUGUGAGAUCACGAGAUUUUGCGCGAAAGUCAAACAAAUAUAUUUAAUUAUUAGAAUACCCCAUUUUAUGUUUAUAUAAAUCAUUUUUUUUUUUUUGUAUUACCACACCCAAUAAAAAAAAAUAAAAAACAAC